AUGGACGGCCUCCCCAGCGCCAUCAUGCUCCCGCCGCCAGACCUCACAAACCUCGCAGAGAUCGAACACCUCAUCGUAGGCGCCAGUGCUACCCAGCCAGGUAGAGACGCCAUCGCCCGCUUCGUCAUCCAGGAACAGUACAUCCUCAAGCUGCUUCCCCUGGUCGCCGUCGCCGAAGACCUCGAGGGGCUCGCAGACCUCCACCGCCUCUGCAACAUCAUGAAGGCCCUCAUCCUGCUCAACGACAACACCAUCAUCGAACAGGUCGUCUCCGAUCCCGUCAUCUCCGCCGUCGUCGGCGCCCUCGAGUACGACCCGGACUUCCCCACCCACAAGGCAAACCACCGCCAGUACCUCAACGACCGCUCCCGCUACAAGGAAGUAGUCCCCAUCAAAGAUCCCAUCAUCCUGCGCAAGAUACGCCACACCUGGCGCCUGCAGUACCUCAAAGACGUAGUCCUCGCCCGCAUCCUCGACGACCCUACUUUCUCCGUCCUCAACUCCCUCAUCUUCUUCAACCAGGUCGACAUCGUCCAGCACCUGCAGACCAACACCGCCUUCCUCUGCGAACUCUUCUCCCUCUUCGCUCCCGAGUCCCCGCCCGCCGAAGCUCGCAAACGUGAAGACGCCGUCCAGUUCCUCCACCAGUGCAUGAGCAUUGCAAAGAACCUCCAGGCCCAGUCCCGCGGGAACCUGUUUGCAAACCUCAUAAACCACGGCCUGUUUUCAGUCAUUGCAUUCGCCGUCAAACAUCCUACUCCCGCCCUCAGAACUACCGGCAUCGAUAUCCUAGUCGUCCUGCUCGAUCAUGACCCCAUCACCAUGCGCGGAUACAUGCUCAAGGCCUUUACCGACAAAAAGGUCUCGUUGACCGACACCCUCAUCGACCUGCUGCAUUCCGAGGCAGACCUGGGCGUCAAGAACCAGCUGGCCGACGCCCUCAAGGUCUUGCUUGAUCCACAACCGCAGAUGCAAGAGUUGCGCUCUGGAGAGGUAGUAAAGAUGCGUCAGGGCCAGCAGGGCGGCCAGGGCCAGGCUCAGAUACAACCACACCCCGUUGCUGACGCUUUUAUGCAGAACCACUUUGACAGCUCGGCCAAGAGGCUCUUUGCUCCCCUAACUCACCUCGCCGAACAAGAAGACCAUAUACUGACUGUGAUUAUAGUCUCCGGAUUGUCGUUCCAGCAGGUGUCGUUAUUCGCUCACCUAGUCGAGAUUCUCACCUUCUUCGUCCGCCAGCAUCCCAUCCGCAGCCGCUCCUUCAUCCGCGAAGAAUCCCUUAUCCCGCGAGUCGCCCAGCUCUUCACCGUCACCCAGAAACACCUCAAACUAAUGGCAUUGAAAUUCUUCCGCACCCUCGUCAGCCUCCACGACACCUUCUACCACGCCCAACUCACCCACAACAACACCUUCGACCUCAUCCUCAACAUCGUCUACGAAACCAUGCCCCGCGACAACCUCCUCAACUCCGCCUGCCUCGACCUCUUCGAAUUCAUCAAACGCGAAAACAUCAAGCCCAUCAUAGGCCAUGUUGUCGAACGUUACCGCGAAAAGAUCCAGAACAUCACCUACGUAGAUACCUUCCAGAACCUGAUCCUGCGCUACGACCAGAUGCAAGGAUACGGAACCAACGCCGCCACCGGUGCCGAAAGCAGCGAUGCAGCAAGCACCGUGUUCAGCCAGGACGAAGCCUCGUCAACGCCCACACGCAUGAUUAUCAGUGGUGGCGCCCAACGCUGGGGUGCAAUGGGUGUUCGUGACUUGACCGCCGCGGAGGAGGAGUACUUUGAGACCUCAGACGAUGAGGAAGACGAGGUAGGAUUCUUCUCUUGGGAGGGCGAAGUAGCUGCUGCGGCUGCGGCUGCGGCUGCUACUUCUUGUGGCAGAGGCUCCGGACACAGAACUGUGCAGCUCAUGCCCAAGCUUUCAUCACAGGUUAAGCCCGAAAAUACAAACUCCGGCGCCCCCAAUGGCACCCCUAACAAGCCGCUUGUCGAUUACCCAGACGACGAUGACGAUGAUGAUGACGCCAUGGAUGAGCAAGAUGCGAGUGCGCAAACACCGCAGCUUCAGGAGCAAGAGCAGGAGCAAGAGCAAGAGCAACAACAGCAGCAGCAGCAGAAAAUCGAGCGGUUCUCAUUUUCUGAAAAGCGCCGUCGAGAAGAGGAUGAUGACGACGAUGAACUUAUUAAGCUCUCCUCGGGCUCUAAGCGGCGCAACUCGGUCAACCCAUCCAACUCCGUCUCCCCCCUAUUCCAGCGUGGUAAUGGGAACGGAAACGGCAGCUUACGAACGAAAAAGGGUCAGGGACGGAGCCCAAGUGCGAGUCCGAGCCCCAGCCCGAGCUCGAAAGGCAACGGAGCUGAGAAAGAUGGUUCAAAGGAGCCACAGACAGCUGGGAAGAAGAUUGCAAUUACGCUGAAUGUCUCGCCUUCUACAAAGAUGGCGCUCAAGAGUCAGAAUCAGAGUCAGGAGAACUUAACCGAUUCUAAUUCGGAGUCAAAGCCGGAGCCAGCCGGGGAGAAACAUACCGACGGUGCAGGAAUUGUUGACGGCACCCCAACACCAGCUACUGCAGCCAUAAGUGAUGGCAGUGACGCUGACACUGGCUCAGCCGAUAGCGGAGGAGGUGGCUCGCAAGAUAGCACGGAGCAUAAUGAGCCUCUUCCCGAGACUGCCAGUGCCACUCCAACAACUGCGACAACGCCAGUAGCAGCCACAGCGACAGCGAGUUAA